UGCUGCACGUGUCGCAUCAGUAUUGAUGUUGCAAGAAGACUUUGGACCACCCCUGACCCAGGCUUUGGCUAUGGCCUCUUGUUACCUAUAUGCUACAUCCACAGAAAAUUUGCCUUGGGAAGAUUACACUGUGAAGAUAGCGGAACCUGAAGAAGAGCUGAAGAUAAGGAUCCCAUAUCUUCGUAAUCCUUACUUUGAUGAUCACUUUGAUCUGAAAGAACCUAAUCAUAUUGUUGGGAAACAUUAGCAUGGGGAGCACCACUUAAUAAGGGCGGGGAGUUGAUUGGAACAAACUUUGAAAUACUAGGAUGGGCCCUAUAUAACAAGUGGAGUGAUCUUGAAGUCACUCUUCAAAGAUGUGCAGCAAACAGCACUCCUGUAGCAGAAAGUGUGGUUACUUCAGUUAAAGAACUAGUAACAUCGAGUGAUGACAGUGAGAAUCAGGAGAAGAUCAUGUCUUUGGUUGGCACCUGUGUAAAAGAAGAAGUAAAUCUUAAAUCAGUCAUCGAGGAUCAUGUGAAGGAUGUAGCUGCAAAGGCAGAAGCAGAUGACAUUAAAGUUCAGGAGAGUUUGUAUUCAACGUGGGAAAGGAUGAGACAAGAAGAGGUUGAGAAACAGUUAGAAGAAUACAGGAGAAAACAGCUGUUAGAAGAGAUUGAGAGAAAGAAGAAUCAACUGAAAAGCAAAGAGGAACUGUUCACAUUCUUUGAGAAUCAGGAUAGACUGGAAAUGCUUCUAGACCGAAAACCUGUGGUCCGUGAGAAAGAUCGUACCCAUUUCUUCCCCCAUAAAAUUAAAAAGCCCAAGGUGGUGGAUGAAGACUACAUUCCUCCAGAAGUUGUUCGCAGAUAAGUGUUUAUAGGUGCUGUUAACAUCGUCAGCUGCAGUGAGCCAGUGAGCCUGAGUGAUGCCAUCUCCCAAUGUGUCCGCCAUUGCCAGGGCUGAGAUGCCUAACUGAGCAGCUCUUUAGACCAAUUACUUUGGAUAUGAAGUGUGAAAUCAUAGAAAAGAAAAGAAAAAAAAAAUUGUGUUUUUGGGAGGGCCUGGAACAGAAUACGUAAUACAUAGUAGUAUUUCCAUUCGUUUUAAAGGGGGAAAAUUUUAUUUUAUUUAUGAACAAAUUGAGUUAUGAGUGUGGUCACAGAAGGAAUUAAUCUCGUAUGUAUGUACACUGUAAAGCUGAAUGCAUUUUUUUUUAAUUUAUGAAGUUUGUAAACAAUUGAGAUUUUUUUAAUGAACUUGUAGAUUUAGAUUUGUUUACAGUUGACCUGCAUAGUGUUGUAGUAUUGUAUUUAUGUAAAUAAAUUAAUUUUUAUGAUU